AUGCGCAAAGGGCCGCUGCCUGGAGGACGUCAGGGCGCGUCUGGAGCUGACGCUAGACGCGACAGCAUGCGAACCGCCAGCCAACGGGCGCGAGGUGUUGCACGACCACCCAGCAGCCCCUCGCAUCUAACAUCCCUACCAGCUGGCUUGGUGUCGGCAGGGUCUUCGCGGGUCCAGCAAUCGACACACGCCACUGGUGGAGUAUGCCGCAUGCGUUGGACAACUCAAAUGAACAGCAACGCUUUGCGGGCGUAUUUAAGGGCGAAAGGGGGAGAAAUUGGAGGUUUUGCGUAUCAGGCAAGGAUGCAUCGACUUUUUGCUGAGCUGGAGCCAUCUGUAACCGUCACCGAGCAAAACCUGGCAGACCGAGUUCGGAAUAUCUUGCGCUCAAAUACAUUUGAUGUCACCGAACUCGAACGGCUACGACGUGAGGCUGUUCCUUCAUCGGAUGAAAAUGCUACGGCUGAGGAUGCGGCGCCACAACUUGCAGAGCAACCGGCAAACGUGGAUGCCGCCGUGAAUUCCCCAGUUUUGGUUGAUUCAAACGAUGAUGGAACAGUCGCCCAGGAACUCGAACUGGAGCAAAUGAGGAGUACAUUGGAUGAGGCGAUUUUGAAAACGCGCAGUACGCCUCUCGAAAAUCGACCGCGACUUCCCCCGCAUAGCCCUCAGCAAGCGGAAUCGGGCUAUCGUGAGGGCUCUGAACCAAUGCUGGUGACCUAUUUGGAAGCCAGCCCGGACCUUUGCGAGACGGACUCAAUUCUCUUUGGCACCGCACUGGAAGUCUGCCGUAUUAUAAGCGCCAAACUUUCCACGGCUGGAUGCAAUACUGGACAAAGUAGUGCUAUCCCAGCCUGGAGAACAAGAAUUGAAGAACGUAUCGCAAAGGCUAGGGCCCUCAUUGGCAAACUGAUAUGCUUCAGGUCAGGCAAUACCGGGCCAAAGAUUGUGCGCACCGUCAGGAUGGCGUUUUGCUGGGACAAAUGUUAG